AACGUGGUAAUAAUUCUUUUUAGCCAUAAAACUUUUCCUUGUCUAUUCUUUCCUAGACAGAAGAACUUUUUAAGUGAUCAGGUGGUUGUCUGAGAAGGAGUUCACUCACUGCUAAAUUCGCCUAGUCAUUUCAGAGUUUCUGUUCCUACUUUCUACUACGCCCUUAUCUUCACUUGGUUUCUCUAUUACUCUCUCGUUUUUGUGUUGUAAUCCAUGGUGGGUGUGCAAAGGAGCUCAAGCAUGUGGUAUUCAAAUGAGUCUCUUGAUGGCAAAGAUGGUUAGAAGAUUGAUGAAAUGGAAGAAGAGUUUGACAAUUAUCUUGGUGUAAAGGCUGAGUUACAACCCCUAGGUGUGGAUCCUAAAAGGGGUUGGAGUUUUUUCAGUGUGCAUGAGCUAGAGAGUGAACUCAGCGGGCAACGUCAUGAUGGAGACCUCAGAGAAGAAGAAGCUGAACGCAAGGCAAAAUUAGACGAGAUUGCUGAAGAACAUAGGCAAAGGCAGUGGGAAGAGACUGAGGAACGAAGAAAAGAAGAAGCUGAAUGCGAGGCAAAAUUAGACAAGAUUGCUGAAGAACAUAGGCAAAGGCAGUGGGAAGAGGCUGAGAAACGAAGAAAAGAAGAAGCUGAAUGCGAGGCAAAAUUAGACAAGAUUGCAGAAGAACAUAGGCAAAGGCAGUGGGAAGAGACUGAGAAACGAAGAAAAGCAGAAGCUGAAUGCGAGGCACAAUUAGACAAGAUUGCUGAAGAACAUAGUCAAAGACGGUGGGAAGAUACUGAGAAACAAAGAGAAGAAGAAGCUGAACGCGAGGCAAAAUUAGACGAGAUUGCUGAAGAACAUAGGCAAAGGCAGUGGGAAGAGACUGAGAAACGAAGAAAAGAAGAAGCUGAACGUGAGGCAAAAUUAGACAAGAUUGCUGAAGAACAUAGGCUAAGGCAGUGGGAAGAGACUGAGAAACAAAGAAAAGAAGAAGCUGAACGCGAGGCAAAAUUAGACGAGAUUGCUGAAGAACAUAGGCAAAGGCAGUGGGAAGAGGCUGAGAAACGAAGGAGAGAAGAAGCUGAAUGCGAGGCAAAAUUAGAUGAGAUUGCUGAAGAACAUAGGCAAAGGCAGUGGGAAGAGACUGAGAAACGAAGAAAAGAAGAAGCUGAACGUGAGGCAAAAUUAGACAAGAUUGCUGAAGAACAUAGGCAAAGACAGUGGGAAGAGACUGAGAAACGAAGAAAAGAAGAAGCUGAACGCGAGGCAAAAUUAGACAAGAUUGCUGAAGAACGUAGGCAAAGACAGUGGGAAGAGACUGAGAAACGAAGAAAAGAAGAAGCUGAACGCGAGGCAGAGUUAGACGAGAUUGCUGAAGAACAUAGGCAAAGGCAGUGGGAAGAGACUGAGAAACAAAGAAAAGAAGAAGCUGAACGCGAGGCACAAUUAGACAAGAUAGCUGAAGAACAUAGGCAAAGACAGUGGGAAGAGACUGAGAAACGAAGAAAAGAAGAAGCUGAACGCGAGGCAAAAUUAGACGAAAUUGCUGAAGAAUAUAGGCAAAGGCAGUGGGAAGAGGCUGAGAAACGACGAAAAGAAGAAGCUGAACGCAAGGCAAAAUUAGACGAGAUUGCUGAAGAACAUAGGCAAAGGCAGUGGGAAGAGGCUGAGAAACGAAGAAAAGAAGAAGCUGAAUGCAAGGCAAAAUUAAACAAGAUUGCUGAAGAACAUAGGCAAAGGCAGUGGGUUGAGGCUGAGAGACGAAGAAAAGAAGAAGCUGAACGUGAGGCAAGAUUAAACGAGAUUGCUCAAAAACAAAGGCAAAGGCAGCAGGAAGAGGCUGAGAGACGAAGAAAAGAAGAAGCUGAACGCAAGGCAAGAUUAGAUGAGAUUGCUGAAAAACUGAGGCAACUGCAGGAGGAAGAGGCUGAGGGACAAAGAAAAGAAGUUGAACGCAACGCAAGAUUAGACGAAAUAGCUGAAAAACAGAGGCAAAGGCAGCAGGAAGAGGUUGAGAGAUGGAGAAAAGAAAAAGCCGGACGCAAGGCAAGAUUAGACGAGAUAGCUGAAAAACAGAGGCAGAGGCAGCAGGAAGAGGCUGAGAGACGAAGAAAAGAAGAAGCUGAACGCAAGGCAAGAUUUGAAGAGAUUGCUGAAAAACAGAGGCAAAGGCAGCAGGAAGAGGCUGAGAGACGAAGAAAAGAAGAAGCUGAACACAAGGCAAGAUUUGAAGAGGUUGCUGAGAAACAGAGGCAAAGGCAGCAGGAAGAAGCUGAGAGUCAAAGAAAAAAAGAAGCUGAACGCAAGGCAAGAAUAGACGAGAUCGCUGAAAAACAGAGGCUAAGGCAGAAGGAAGAGGCUGAGAGACAAAGAAAAGAGGAAGCUGAACGCAAGGCAAGAUUAGAAAAGAUCGCUGAAAAACAGAAACAAAGGCAGCAGGAAGAGGCUGAGAGACGAAUAAAAAAAGAAGCUGAACACAAGGCAAGAUUAGACGAGAUCGCUGAAAAACAGAGGCAAAGGCAGCAGGAAGAGGCUGAUAGUCGAAGAAAAGAAGAAGCUGAAUGCAAGGCAAGAAUAGACAAGAUCGCGGAAAAACAGAGGCAAAGGCAGCAGGAAGAGGCUGAGAGACGAAGAAAUGAAGAAGCUGAACGCAAGGCAAAAAUAGAUGAGAUUGCUGAAAAACAGAGACAAAGGCAGCAGGAAGUGGCUGAGAAACGAAGAAAAGAGGAAGCUGAACGCAAGGCAAGAUUAGACGAGAUAGCUGAAAAACAGAGGCAAAGGCAGCAGGAAGCGGCUGAGAGACGAAGAAAAGAGGAAGCUGAACGCAAGGCAAGAUUAGAUGAGAUCACUGAAAAACAGAGGCAAUGGCAGCAGGAAGAGGCUGAGAGUCAAAGAAAAGAAGAAGCUGAACGCAAGGCAAGAAUAGACGAGAUCGCUGAAAAACAGAGGCUAAGGCAGCAGGAAGAGGCUGAGAGACAAAGAAAAGAGGAAGCUGAAUGCAAGGCAAGAUUAGACGAGAUCAUUGAAAAACAGAGUCAAAGGGAGCAGGAAGAGCCUGAGAGACAAAGAAAAGAAGAAGCUGAAUGCAAGGCAAGAUUGGAUGAGAUUGCUGAAAAACAGAGGCAAUGGGGUGGGGGGGAAUUUGGAAGAGGAGGAAAGGCUGAGAACAGAAGCUCUCUUUUGGAGACCAACUGAUUUAGCUGCCAAGCCUUUUGAGCUUCCUGCCUGUGCAUCAGAGCCUGGAACUGCUGCUGCUGCACCAUCUACUGGAAAAUAUGUUCCCAGAUUCAUUUGCAGGAUCUUUUGAGUGACUGCAGUUGCAGUAUCUUUUGUUCUCUAUGCUUUGAUUUUCUUACGGAUUCUCUUCAACCUUGUUAGAUCUUGUAUGUAUAUUCUCCUCAUCAGUACUGUUAGUGUAAAAGGUAUAAUCAAGGAAAUAGAAUUGUUAUACAGAUAUGCGCUAUUUUUAGUCUCUGUGAUACCUGUGCUUUUUUGUAUAUAAUAUAAUUAGCAACUGGUUUUGUGGUA